UUGGAAGAAAGAUUAGAAAGAGUACUCAUCUCAAUCAAUGUCAUAUCGAUGUGAUAGCAGAAUAUUCUUGGAUUUACAGAAGAGACUGGCUUCUAAUUGAGAGGGAUUAAAGGUCUUUAAUCCACAGGGAUCACAAGAACAAUUAGACAGUAUAACUACAGCUGGUAAUCUAAUAUCUACCAGACCUGCUACAGAUUCUAUAUCCAGCAUCCACUCUAGAGUUAACCAAUCAGACAGCAUGCCUAAUAAUUCACUGGCUUUAACAUGGCUUCAGCAGUAAUUCGUAGCAUCAGAUCAGAACAGAGGGUGUCAAGGUCUAGUCGUGGAACUAUAGUACGAGCGAGUGGACCCAGUGUUAAUGCGGCACCUGUACGAGGAUCCUCACAUGUUAAUUACCCAGAUGUUGUAAGAGCCAAUCAGCAAUCAGCCUCAAGGCAGCAUCAGGUGAAUGCUAACAGGUUGAUCGAUUGUUAUAUGCCGAAGAGGAGAUCUAGGCCUGCAAGCAGAGACAGGGUAGCCCAGGACACGGAACCUUCCCCCUCAACCUCCGGACAACACCAGGAUAUGGGACGUCCUGAUGGGGUACCACCCCCAAUGGUGCUAGAACCACGUGCCCGGAGGCAAACUCAAGGGAGAUCGGCUCCCCCAGUAGCACGUGCUGCAGCCAGCACGAGACAGUCAUUGGAUAACAUCCACCGAACUAGUCAAGAAAACCGACUAUCAAUGAUUAGCAGUGGAAGUGACUUUGCAAUCAAUUUUAGCGAUGAACAAGAGUUGAUUCGCUCAGGGGGUGAGGGGCCCAGUAAUAGGAUACAAACUGGUAUACUUAACCCAGGGAUUACACUCCUUGAGUCAGAAACCCCAAGGGGAAAUGCAGCUCUUCCCGAUAUAGUUAGCUCGGCUAAUCUGCCCCCAUACACCCCAAGGCCUAAUCAACAUCGGGGCUCACGGAAUGACAAUCAAAACAGACUUAGUGGAAAUUUAACACAGACUGAUAUCUCGAUUGAUGUGAGACAGACACGUUCGCGACGUGACCCAAGACGUGCACCUUCAGUGGAUUCUUCCAGGUCAUCCAGUAAAGGAUGUUGCUCAUCUGAGAAUGUAUUCCAUUGUCUUACAGUAUUAACAACAUUUAGAUGGGUCCUUGUAGUGCUCGCUAUGCUGGGAGUAUGCUGUGUUGUGACUGGAAUUGUACUCGGAGCAUUACAUAUGGCAGGCUCCAGUUUUUUGACAUUGUCGCUCAUGUUCAUAGGACUGGGGGUGAUGCUAGUUAUAGUAGUAGGGGUAGGCUGGAAGUGCACCCCCCUGGGACAUGAACCUUGCCACCUGCUGUUUAACCUGGGGGAACACUCUACACGUGAUAUUGCAAUAGAGCGGAUCAGGCACCCACGAGAUAGGAACCAGUGGUAUGCAGGAACCAUAUAUCCUGAGUUCCGAUUCCGCAGACCUCCACCAUCAUAUGCAGCUUCCAUGCAGGAUUAUCAGAAUCAACAACUUUUGGCACAAAUCCGCCAGCAGCAAAGAGUGGACGAACAGCAAUCUGGUGAGGGACCCUGCAUGGAGGGUCUACCCACCUCACCUCCCCCUUCAUAUAGGUCCCAAGUCAGUGUCGCACGACCAGGUUUACAUAUCACUUUCCCAGAUAGUUCUGGAGAGUACCCACAGUCCCGACCACCUACUUAUCGCUCCACUGCAGGGACUUUAUCCAGACCUGGAUUGCCUAUAUCGAUGCAGCCAAAUGCUGACAGUGUACCCUCCACAUCAGGGUUACAAAA